AUGCCCACCUCCACGCUCCGGCAGCGGCGUAAGUCCGGCGGCGGGUCGCGUCCGUUGAAGCCGAAGUCGUCCGCGCGCGGGCGGACCUCUAGCGGUGCGGCGGCGGCUGUGCUAGAAGUGCUGGGCGUGCGCAAGCUGCGCGGCGACCCAGCGCGCUCGCCCGACGAGCGGCGCGCGUGGCGCGUGGAUCUGCUCGUCGCGGCGAUGCUCCUUCUAGUCGCGCUGGCGACGCGCUUCUACCGGCUGGCCGUGCCGGCCAAGAUCGUGUUCGAUGAGUGGCACUUUGCGGCAUUCGUCGACAACUACCUGUCCGGGAAAUAUCUGUUCGACAUUCACCCCCCCUUCGGCAAGCUGACGCUCUCGCUAGCUGCCAAGCUUGGUGGGUACGUCAACCGGAACUACACGUUCAAUAACCUAGGGCAGCCGUACGGUGACCUCGUGUAUUACCCGCAGCGCGUGGUGUCCGCCUCCGUCGGCAGCCUGAUCCCGUCGGUGAUGUACCUCAUCGCGCGUGCGCUGGGACUUGACCCGCUCGUCAGCGCGACGGUCGGCGCCAUGCCGCUACUCGACAUGCUGCUGUGCAUCGAGAGCCGGCUGAUACUGACGGACUCGCAGCUGGUGCUGUACAGCCAGCUGGCGUUGUUGUGCGCGCUGUAUUUGUGGGCUACGCCCAAGUCGACGCCGAAGAGAUACAUGUGGCUGACGUUGACGGCGGUGUUCGGGGCGUGCGCGGUGUCCACGAAGUGGACGGCGAUCGUGACGCCCGGCUUGAUCGCGCUGGUGUCCCUGACGGGAGCCAUCUUUCCGCUGGAGGGACCCCUCGACUUGCUGGAGAUGGCGUACGCGGGCGCAUUAGCCAUCGGGAUCUACAUGGGCACGUUCUGGGUUCAUUUUCGGCUGCUCCCCUUAUCUGGCCCCGGGGAUGCAUUCAUGCCGAUCGAGUUUCAGCAAACGCUGGUGGGCAGCGAGUACUACAGGCAGAACGACGCAAGCAAAGUGGCGGCGCCGGGGUUUGUGGAGAACUUUCGGUACCUUAACUGGGAGAUGCUGCGCGCGAACAGCGCGAUCGAGAUGCGGCAUCACUGGGAGAGCGCGUGGCACGAGUGGCUGUACAACGCGCGUGGCAUUCUCUACAUCGACGAAGACGCGGGCAGUGGCAACCGGGAGAUGAUCUACCUCAUCUCCAACCCUGUCCUGACGGUAGUGAGCGGGUGCGGGGUGCUGUUCGGGUUGUCCCUCCUCCUGGCGACGCCCGUGAUUCUGUGGCGGGGCCGCAUGUCCGGGGCGCUGUCGGCCGUGCGCAAGCGCGCGGGCGUCGUCUUCGUUCUCGUCUCCGGAUGGGUGCUCAACCUCGUGCCUUACAUCGGCGUGCGGAGGUGCACGUUCCUGUACCACGUGCUGCCCGCCCUGCAGCUGGCGAGCCUUUUGGCGGGCGUGGCGCUCCAGACGGUGCCAAGCCGGCGCGUGCGCACCGCGCUCUGCGUGGCGGUAGUGGCGGCUAUGGCCGCCGCGUUCUGGUACUGGCGCGCGUGGACUUACGCGUUGGAGAGGAGCUACGACGAACUCAAAGCGCUGCGAUGGAUGCCAAGGUGGGAUUAG